ACCAUCUGUUACUCACCUCAGGUAAAUGUCUUAUGCCAGUGAAGUAUUUUUUGUUAUUGGACAUCAUGCUGUGGGGCAGGGUGGUUUUCGGAUCAGGAACAAGACUUUAUGUAACAGACACCCCGGUGAAAGAGCCUCAAGUGUCCACGUUCACAGUGUUCAAGCCUGAAGAUAAUAAGAAGGCUGUACUGCUGUGCCAGGCGAGAGGCAUGUACCCUGAUCUGGUGAGAUUCACAUGGCAAGCAGAAGAUCACAAUAAACGAAAUGUUCAACUGGGAAGUGAUGAGCGUCUGGAGCAGAGAGAGGAGGAUCCGGAAGUGCAAAUAACCAGCAUGCUGAUCAUAGACAAACAGAAAGCAGAAAACAAUAAAUUCACCUGCACGGUUCAACAUGACAGCAGUGUUAAAAACAAGAAAUUAUCCAUUCCAACAGAGGAAGACAUUCGAAAGGCUCAAAAAGAAAAGUCUGACUCUUCUGAGGAGGUCUGUCCAACUCAACAACCAAAAGAAGACAAAGAAGAGGAGGAUGAAGAAAUCAGUAAUUUUGGUUUGUUUGCACUCAGCCGCAGUCUGUAUCUGUUCAGUGUGACGUAUGUGAUACUGCUGGUGAAGAAUGUCUUUUAUUUCUGCACCGUCUCUGUCUUACUGUGCAUGAGAAAUCCUGCUAACAUGGAGAUGAUUCGAGGCAAAGGUCACUGAUCAGCCAAACAGCAUUCACUGGGGAUAUCAUGUUUUUGUGUGUUGAAAUCAUCUAAAGAUUCUAAUCAUUUAAAUUUAUUUUAUACAUUUUAUGUUUUGUUUCUAUCCAGUUACUUUUAAUCCUCUUGUAUCUAUCUGUCUAUCUAUACAGCCCUUUAAAUAUUUUUUACCAUAUACUUACCAUAAAGUACUAUUGUUUAAAGGUGGACUGUUGCUGUAUUAAAAUAUUUUUAAAACUAUUUUAAAAAUGAGUUAUUUGAUUGAAAUGAUGGAGGUCAUUAACUAAUUGUUUUGCUAUGCAUUCAGCUCAUAAAAUGAUGCAUGGAUAAACUUUAAUAUCUCAGUUCAAUACAUAAAAAUAUUGUCUAUUAUAAAUAUUGUAGCAAAUUACAAUAUACAAUGCAUAUACAAUGCAAUAUAUACACUCAUGUUUAAUAUUAGAAUGUUAUUUAUUAGAGAUAACAGCAACAACUACACUGGGCUUGUGUUUGUGGGUGCAGUGGUUUCACAGGGCAAUGAGAUUAACAUCACCAACAAAAAUAAAACAACAACAAAAACACCUGUAUGACAUAUUUCCCCUUAACAUUUAACAAUAGCCAAACAUCAUUUUAAAAAUAUAUUAGAAAGUAUUAAAGAAAAAUAAAGGACAAGAGUGUCCUAUUGUGAUCAAAAAUUUAAGUCCAAUAUUUAUUACAUUAUUGUAUGAUGCUAUUCAAAAUAAAACUGCAAAAAAAAACAACAAAAAAAAAAAAACGAACAUUCAGAAUAGGUUAAAAUGUUAUCCUGAGUAAUUCUAGUCUAGCUAACUGUUA